CAGCCAUAUUGUUUUAAAUUUUAAUGUUUUCGACGUUCGACAUUCGGACUUCGUAGUUCGUAGAGCUAAUGAUAAUAGAAAUCGUGAAAGAUAAGAUUGCUGAUUUCUUUACAUUUUUUAUUUGAGUACAUCGAAUGGUUGUUUAGUUUUUAAAAUGGUGCAAAUAGGUGAUUAAUUCAAAACCUAUCUUAGGUCAUUUUGAUGUUGCUUACUUCUAAUGUAAUAACAUAAAAUGGCUAGGAUGUGGAUUGUUUGUUUUGUAGCAUUUUGUUUAUUUCAAAAUGCUGUUGGUUUCGAGCAGCAUUUUCAGUUUUGUAACAACAACACAAAAGUGCGAAGCUGUACGCCCCAGAUACUAGGAGAGGGUAAUUCUGAUGAUGACAGCUGCAAACUGGAGAUUAUACCACCAAAUAGUUCAGAUUGUGUAGACAGCUUUGGUCCAAUAGAGAAUAAUGCUCAUAUAGGUGGUGUAAGCUUACACCCAUAUAUUCUACCAGUUGAAGUUAAAACCAGGACAGAAUAUCAUAGCAAUAACUAUACUGUGUUGAAUAUCACAUUCAGUAAUAUAAAGUGGAAAACAAUGAAGUUUCGUUUCCAAAAAUACAAUAAGAAAGAGAGUCACUGUAGGAACAUUGUAAUAUCAAAUGAUGUAACAUUUAAUGAACAGUCAGUGCUAUAUUAUGAUUGUUAUUGGUCAUUGACUGAUGGUGAUUAUAAUGGUCAAAGUCAUAUUCUAGAUUUUGAGGCCACCGAUGACUAUGUUGUCAAUAGAGGCAGAUAUUACUUCAACAUUCCAUCGGCGCAAAUGCUAAGUCCAACCAUUAGUGAAAAGGAUUGGAAACCAUUUGUGUACAUUGAAAUAUUAACACCAACUAUGAACCUACAUAUAAUACCACCUCCAGCACAACUAAAAAUACAUUCCUACCAAAUAGAUGUGAUGAAACAAUGUGAUCAUAAGGACCAAUGUGAGGAGUUAGUUAAAACGGCUAUCAUCAAAGUGAAGAAUAGUUCAAGAGAAGUGACAUAUACCUAUAGUCUUCUGAAUUCUCCUGGACUCUACUACUUUAAAGUUACACCUCAGCAUCAAAAGUGCAAAGGACAAAUGUCAGAAUGUCAGUUUGUGGAAAGCCCUAGGAUUACAAUAAAAAAUGAGGUGCAUCAGGCUAUGAACAUUUGCAUAGCAAGCAUCACAGCUCUCAUCCUGGCAACAUUGUUCAUUUAUUACAUAGUUCUACGCGUAAUUCGACGAUACUGGUGCAAAGAAUACGGCCAAGGUAGAUCUAAAAUUCCUCCACCAACAAAGGUCCUGAUAAUAUACCCGACUGCUAGCCGUCUCCACGCAGAAUGCGUAACUUCCUUCGUCACCUACCUUCGUGCGGAAUACGGAUUCGAUAUUAUGUACGAUGGCGACAUUUCUACCACGUCCCACGGAGACCCCUACAUAUGGGCGGAAGAGGCUUUCAAACUCGCUUCUCACAUUGUCUACGUAGUUGGACCGGCUGAAGACACAAAUCUCUACAACAAUAUUUACGACAAACCGAUCAUAACCGCCCACAAAGUCGACAUUCUCCUUCUAUCCCUCCUCCGGUCCACAAAAACGUCGAAACUCAAAAAAUAUGUCGUGAACGUAUUCUUCGAACACUCGGACGGCGAUAUACCAGUCGAAACGCGAAACGAUAGAGUUUUCUUCCUAAUAAAGGAUUGGCAAAAGUUUAUUGCGUAUUUAUCGAGGAAUUUGUUGCCGAGGAAACAACUAAUGCGAACGGAGAAGGGUAAGUGCUUUUUGGACGAUUUGUCUAGGGCUAAGAAGUUGCUGAGCAACAGUCGUGACGAUCACAUUAUUAAGUUCGAUAAGAAUUGCGUUGAGAAGAAAGUUGUGCUGUGAAUUGCGGAUUUUUAAAAUUCGAACAAAGAAUUUCUUUGUUUUCUUUGUAAUAUAGAAAAUGGUCUGUACAUUACACAGAUUACUGUUUUAAAUAUUAUACAUCUGUAUCAAUGUGUGUCAUCUGUCGUAAAAAAAAUAUUCUGAGAGGGGUUAUGUUUUAAUCAAUAGCGUCUUACAAUACUUAUGACGAACUUUUAUUAACGUAUGCUUAUGGUGUCUAUGGUGUAGAAGUUACCAUAAAAAAUCGUGUUGGAAUAUCAAUAAAAGUUCUGACUAUAGAUUAGUAGAAGAUGCUGCUUAUGUCUAGACUUUAUCCCCCUGUAAAUUGUGGAUACCACAGUAACUGAACUCAUAAUGUAUUUUCAUAUCUGUCUAUCUAUUCUACGGUUGUAGGUUUUUAAAUGCAAUUGUUUUCCUAUCUUUAUAAUAAUAUAUGUACUUGUAUAAUCAUUGUAUGUAUAUAGAAUCUGCUCGUAAGGUGGAUUUUGCAGCUACAAUUUCUAUUAUUUUAAUCUAUUAAGUCUAAGUCUCAGACCAUUUUCUAUUUAAAAAGAAACAUGUUUUGUCGUUGAGAAAUAUUAAUAUUGUUAUAAAUUGAUGGAAUAGGACAGGGGUAGUGAAAGUGAUAUUCAUGAAGAAGUCUAGAACUUUCUUCAUGAAAAAUACUUGAAAAUCACUAAGUUUAAAAUUGUGUCUUCUAUGUGGUUCUAUCUUUGAUUAACCAUAAAUAAAAUAAUAUUUAUUAAAUUCCGUAAUUAUAUCUUCGUUGAAUUCGGGAAUGUGUAAUACAAGUUUAACGAAAUGUAUUUAUGAGAAUUUGUGAAAGUAAUGGUUUAAAUUAAUCCGGACAAAAUACAAAAUUCUUUGUAGAUUUUUGCAUUUUGAAUGUGAUAUGUUAGAAAUUCUAUAUUGUAAUGUCUGAUUUAGUUGUUAAUAUAGUUUUCGGGAAGAGUUUAAAUGUUUCGUGUUUAAAAAUUUUAAACUCAUAAGAAUUUAAAAUUAAAAUCUGGUGUUUCCAAAAGCCACAAAUACACUAGGGAACAAAUUAUAUUACUGUGUUUAGUGCAUUUUUAUCAUCACUAUUACUUAAUAGAAAUGCCACCCUGGCUUUUGACCAUUUGAGCAUAUUGAGUGAUGAAGCAAUGUUCUCCAGUGUAUUUGGAGCUUGAAUUUUUAUGUCAGUUUAACUUGGCAAUGUGGUAAAGUCUUGAUGUUUAAUUUGUAUAUGCAACAUAUAACUUUUUGAUUCUCACAGUAUUUAGACAUUUACUUGAAUUACUUGUGCCUCUACGCUAUACCGGAUGUUUACUCUUGACUGGAAAUAUACUUUGUUUUUUCCAAUCCUUUAUGACUUUUGACUAGAAGCAAAAAUUUUGCUCCUGAAUGGUAUAUGAUGUUAGAAUGUGAUUGUAUUUGCUUCGAAUUGGAAAACUUUUUUCUUGACCUUUGUACAUAAUUCUAUUUUCCCUUAUACAUCUGAUUAUAUAUUAUAAAGAUUUUCUAUUAUUUCGUUGUUAAUCUGGUAUCAAUGAAUUAGUAGAGUAUGAUAGAUUCCAAUGAUGUUUACCAGACUUUUAGAGGUACUAUCAGCAAUCAGCUUGUGAAUGUGUAUUGCACUAUUUUGUGUAAAUCGUAAACAAUAUUUGCUUAAAAUUUUACUUUUACAGAACUAAAUCAAGAAUCCCCAUUAUAUUUAUAGUAUAUAAAGUAUUAAAUUAAUAGGUUGUAAGUGAACGUUGACUGCUGAUAGUACAAUCUGUUGCAUGAAUUCCAAUUUGUUUAAAGUGCUAUAGUCACUAAAUUGUUGAGAUAAAUGUCCAAUAAAUAUACUAUUUUAUAAGUCACUAACAGAGUAUUUAUCGAUGUCACUUUAAAAUUCUUGUUGAUCUCAAAGCCUGUUAAAAUGUGUGUUCUCUUGUUAUACAGGACUUUUAAGCUCAAUAUAUUAUACUUGUGAUGUAUUUUUGUAAUAAACGUUAUUAAACAUU